UUCCAGGACGCUGGUUGCUCUGCGAACAAGAUCCGGGAGGAAACAGUGGGUAUGCAAGUGCAGUGGGGGCACAGCCGAGGUUGCGCUGUAGAGGCUCGCGGGAGUCCUGAGCGCGCCUCAAGUCAGAGUUGUUAGAUUUCGUUCAGGCUGCUGUGGGAAAACCCAGCCUGUGGGGAGCGGCCACUCCUCUCUGCCGGAGGCCCAAGGCUUCCGCCCGGCUUGUCCGUUAGCUGAGGAGGUGGCGGAGCGGGGCCCCUGCCUGGUCGUCAUGUGGGCCUUCCCGGAGUUGCCAAUGCCGCUACUGGUGAAUUUGAUCGGUUCGCUGUUGGGAUUUGUAGCCACAGUCACCCUCAUCCCCGCCUUCCGUGGCCACUUCAUCGCCGCGCACCUCUGUGGCCAGGACCUCAACAAAACCGGCCGGCAGCAAAUCCCAGAGUCCCAGGGAGUGAUCAGCGGUGCUGUUUUCCUUAUCAUCCUCUUCUGCUUCAUCCCUUUCCCUUUCCUGAACUGCUUUAUGGAGGAGCGGUGUAAAGCCUUCCCGCACCAUGAAUUUGUGGCCCUGAUAGGUGCGCUCCUUGCCAUCUGCUGCAUGAUUUUCCUGGGCUUUGCGGAUGAUGUACUGAAUCUGCGCUGGCGUCAUAAGCUGCUGCUGCCUACAGCUGCCUCACUACCUCUUCUCAUGGUCUAUUUCACCAACUUUGGCAACACGACCAUUGUGGUGCCCAAGCCUUUCCGGCCCAUUCUUGGCCUGCACCUGGACUUGGGGAUCCUGUACUAUGUCUAUAUGGGGCUGCUGGCAGUGUUCUGUACCAAUGCCAUCAAUAUCCUAGCAGGAAUUAAUGGCCUAGAGGCUGGCCAGUCACUAAUCAUUGCUGCUUCCAUCAUCAUCUUCAAUCUGGUGGAGCUGGAAGGUGAUUGUCGAGAUGAUCAUGUCUUUUCCCUCUACUUCAUGAUACCCUUUUUUUUCACCACCUUGGGAUUGCUCUACCAUAACUGGUACCCAUCACGGGUGUUUGUGGGAGAUACCUUCUGUUACUUUGCUGGCAUGACCUUUGCCGUGGUGGGCAUCUUGGGACACUUCAGCAAGACCAUGCUACUCUUCUUCAUGCCCCAGGUGUUCAACUUCCUCUACUCACUGCCUCAGCUCCUGCAUAUCAUACCCUGCCCUCGCCACCGUAUUCCCAGACUCAAUACCAAGACAGGCAAACUGGAGAUGAGCUAUUCCAAGUUCAAGACCAAGAACCUCUCUUUCUUGGGCACCUUUAUUUUAAAGGUAGCAGAGGGCCUCCAGCUUGUGACGGUGCGCCAGAGCGAGCAUGAGGAUGGUGGCUUCACGGAGUGUAACAACAUGACCCUCAUCAACUUGCUCCUUAAGGUCAUCGGGCCCAUGCAUGAGAGAAACCUGACCUUGCUACUGCUGCUGCUACAGGUGUGGUCAGGGAAGGGCUUUAUAGCUCCUUGUUUCCCUUUCUCCAUGGUUCUGACUCUAGCGUGUUUCUCCUCACAGAUCCUUGGCAGUGCCGUCACCUUCUCCAUUCGGUACCAGCUUGUCCGGCUCUUCUACGAUGUCUGAGUCCCCCGAUGCUUGCCCUGUACUGCACAGUCUGCAGGGUUCCUGACUCAGGCCAACCUCUUUCCUAACCAGGAAUGCCUCCUGGCCCAGGCCUCUACCCACCACCUCUUCUUCUCCCCCAGAUUUUAUACUUAGUGAUUCCGUUUCGCUGUGAUUAUGGACGUCUUGGGCAUAUCUUGCCCUCUACUGACUGUUGGACUUUCCCUGUGGCUUCCUUCAGCUGCCACUCUCCCUCUCCGUCCCGUCUUUACAGCCUGAGCUGGGAUACUGCCACUUUUAUGCAGUUAUCCAUGACUCGGACUCUCAAGGAAUAUGUUGGGCCUGGGGAUAGAACCCUGGCCAGGGGAUAGGGACACAGGCUUUAAAAUUACUUGAUAUUUGACUAUAAAUUAAGUAUUCUGAUUAGUAAGGGCAGACUACGGGGGUGGGGGGGAGCCAGGUGCUCCCAGUGGUGAUAAUAAAGUGUUGUCUUUUUCUUCU